AUGUCAGGCAAAGCGCUGAUGGCAGCCAUGUGUCGAGGUGGCAGCGGUGGUGACGGAGGUGAUGGUUAUACGGGAAGACGUCGCAUUACGAGAUCAUCACCAAGCCGGCCAUAUACGAUCACGAACACCUGGUUCGCGCGGAGUUUCGUACUCAUCGGCGCCGUACAGUUACGCUCGGCACCUCAAAAUGGACGAGAACGGCGGGACGCAUCACCCGAUCGGACGCGGCCCGCCGCAGCCUCAGAGCGUCCGCUGACCGCUCCGGUCACCGACCCGGACCAACAGCCGGCGAAGAGGACGCGGACGACGGCCAGCGUCGGCCGUCUGUCAUUAUAA